UUCGCUUUGCUCCCCGCUCCCUUGUCAUACCCGCCGCUAUCGCCAUGGAGCUCCGCUUCAUGGGUUCCGCUGACCUCCUUUUAUCCUCCUCCUCGUCCUACCGCUCCAAGCCUACCUCUAACCCUUUCCUUGAGACGGGGAAGGGGCGACGGAAGCGGCCGCCGGUCCUCCUCGUGAGGGCGGCGAAGCGGAGCUCCCCUUCGAAGGGGCUCCAGAAGGAGCCGAAGCGGGCUCUAUCCGGGAUCCUGAGGACGGAGGCCGCCGUCCUCGGGGUGGAACGGAAGGCUGGGUCCGGCAAGUCCACCAACCUCUGGCCCAGAGCCGUUCUAGAGGCCCUGGACGACUCCAUUUCCAAUAACCGAUGGGAGUCGGCUCUUAAGAUCUUUGGAUUGCUUCGUAAACAACAUUGGUAUGAACCAAAAUCUCAAACCUAUGCAAAGCUUUUGACAAUGCUUGGAAAGUGCAAGCAGCCCGAGCAUGCGACCUUGCUCUUCAGUGUCAUGCUUUCUGAGGGGCUCAGACCAACAUUGGAUGUCUACACAUCACUUGUAGGUGCAUAUGGCCACAGUGGUCUCAUAGACCAGGCAAUCCAUACCAUUGAUGAGAUGAAAACCAUUUCCGAUUGCAAACCAGAUGUAUACACUUAUACAGUCCUUAUCAAUUGCUGUAGUAAAUUGCGCUGCUUUGAUCAGAUUCCUGCCUUGCUUGCUGAAAUGUCUUACCUGCGCAUUGAGUGCAGCAUUGUUACUUACAAUACAAUCAUCAAUGGAUAUGGUAAAGCUGGGAUGCUUGAAGAAAUGGAGAAUUAUCUAUCUGAGAUGCUUGAAAGUGGAAAUUGUUUGCCUGAUAGAUUUACAAUGAACUCUAUCAUGUGGGCUUAUGGCAACAGUGGAAGAAUUGACAAAAUGGAAAGUUGGUAUGAGGAGUUCCAGCACAUGGGCAUUGAGCCCGAUGUACAGACAUUUAAUAUCUUGAUCAAAUCAUAUGGUAAAGCUGGCAUGCAUGAAAAGAUGGGGUUGGUUAUGAAAUUUAUGAAGAAACGGUUUUUCCCUCCUGAUGUGGUCUCUUUCAAUUUAGUGAUAGAAUGUUUUGGAAGAGUAGGGAACAUUGAGAAAAUGGAAUACUUUUUCCGGUUGAUGAAAAUUCAAGGAGUUAAGCCUAAUUCCAUCACUUACUGCUCGGUCAUCAAUGGAUAUCGCAAAGCUGGUCUUCUAGAUAAGGUUCCUGCAGUCAUCAGGCAAACAGAGAACACCGAUGUUGUCUUGGAUACACCUUUUUUCAACUGUGUAAUCAGUGCAUAUGGUCAGGCUGGAGAGGUGAAAAUAAUGGAAGAAAUGUUCUUGCUUAUGAAGGAAAAGAAUUGCAAACCUGAUAGCAUCACUUUUGCAACAAUGAUUCAAGCGUAUAAUGCUUUGGGCAUGGAUGAAGCUGCUCGAGAGUUGGAGACCAAAUUGCACCACACAGAAAACAAAGCUCUGGCUCCAGGUUGAUUGGAACUAGCAGCAUAAAGAUUCUGAUAUGGCUGAAAAAGUUGGUUCAUUGUGUGAAUCAAACAUCAUGAACCUGCUGAUAUGAGAAGACAGUAGCUCAUCACUUUGAGGCCUUGCCUUUCAGAUUCUAUAGGAAUUAGGUUGCAGGAGAAUUGGAUUGGCAUUGUCAUCAGUUGAAGGGUUUUGAUUAUACACAAUUGUUUGAAACAAGAUAAAACUGAUGGGUUAUAGGAGCUUGACCUAUGCAUUAGGCGAGGCUUGCUCACCAAGCAUUGCAGAAGGUAGUAACUCGGUUUCUCGAUAGAGAUAAUGUGUUGAUAUCCAGCAUUAAGCUUUGCAUAAUUGGAAAAGAUCAGUAGGGAAGCUCUGAUGAAUGGUGAGGUGGAUGAAUUGGGUAAUAUAAUUUUAGAGGCUUAGAGGCUACAUCAGGAGUUUGACCCUUUCUGCAGCAAACGAGUUCGUGGACAAGCUCUUUACCUUUGCCUAACCCUACUGCUGUGGCUAUAAGCUGGUGGGUGCCAUUGGAGGUGGUUUUGCUUUGGUACUUGCCAAGAACCCUCAUUGUGCACAAGAGAUAACACGAACACUUGAAGAAUCUUCAGAUCUUGAUGCAAUAACAACUGGAGCAUCGAGUGGUCCUCAUAUGAGCUGCCUAGUAUUUUGCAUAGUUAUCCAUUUUGCUUUGCUGGAGGUACGUGCAUUUUUAGCCCAAAGAAUCAGACUCACAAUAUGCGCCGGAACAAGGCAUCGGAUUGACAAGCUACUGCAUUGCCCCAUGGAACUAUCACUUCAUGUCCAUUUUGGUGGUUGCAGACAGCCAGGGCGUUCACAGUGGAGUUGCUGGUAUUCAUAAUCACCCUAUGCUUUCCAGUUGUAGUCGUUGUAAUUUAUGACAAACGGUUAAACCACACUGUACGUGUCUAUAUCAAAGGAGACUGGAUACGGGUAUUUGAUCUAUUCAAUUCUUUAUACUGUGUAGCAUUGACAAAAUUUGAUAAAAAUGGUGGUCCUUUGGUGCUA